AUGUCCAUCAUUACUGUAUCUGAACCCGUGCCGGACAUAACGGGUGUUGUCAAGAAUAUAUGUAUCCUCUGCGAUUCAGUCGGGGAGUUCGAAGAGGGUAUCCCUUGGGAGAUAAAGGAAGAUUAUUCGCUGGAUGCAUAUUAUCUACUGUCCCUCAUGCGAGAUAUACUUAAGGAUCCAUAUCUGUCACCUGCCCUUCUCCAAGUUGAGCGCGACAUAUACGAAAUUGAAUCAUCACAGUGGAUUUUCUGCUUACGGCAGUCGGAACAAGGAGGCGCAGUCUGGACUGAUGGUGUAAUAGAGGUCCCGCUCACCAGCGGUGGUGUAAUGGUGCCUGAAAACAUGACUGAUACUAAGGCUAUGGGACCUAAUGAAAUGACCCUACAUUAUAUGUAUAAUCUUGUCUUAAAAGAUGCUUUUAGCUCCGCAAUCUCUGAAGAAGCUCAGUACAGGCUCUCUUCAGAUGCCAAGGCAAACAAUUGUUCCGAGCAGAGAAAUGGAAGCUCAAUACUGAAGUCGAGCGAAGCGACAUGUGCUAACGGCAACAGUAUAUGCAUAGCCAGAAUGCGCGUAAUUAGAAAUGGGUUUUCCUCGCCUCCGGUGAUUGUAGUGGAUACUAUUAUUGAACAUCUUGAUCUUGAGAGCAUCAAGUCAUUGCGCCUGACCAACAGGGCCUUGGGAAAUUUAUGUCUGGGCCCUCAUUUUAAGUCUUUUUUCCGCCAUCAAGUCACAAACUUGACUGUCGAAAGUCUGCAGUCUCUGCUAGCACUUUCCCGCCAUCCAAUUCUGUCUCGAGCCAUUAAAAAGCUGACUAUCAUUGCGGAAGUCUAUGAUCCAUCGCUUACGAAGAGAGUUCUUCGCACGAGACGAUGUGAAGACCGAGCACGUAUUCCGCGCCUGGUCGCUAGGGUCUGUUCUCAGGAUGAGCUGAACCAAGCAGAAAUGGAUCUGAAAUGGCUGGAAGCCCGGUCUUCGGCAUCUCAACUUGCGAAUGAAGACAAUACGGCAAAUAGUCUGGCAGCUGUUCUCAACCGUAUUGGGCAGUUAGAUACCAUUGCUUUAGAGGCUACUGCGACAACUGCACCCCGUCCAGACACUUUCAGAGCCCAGGGUGAUUGGCAGAUAAUCUGGGCUAAAGCAAGUCAGAUUUACAAGAUAACCAUGUUGGCUCUCGCCCAGAGCAAUAUUGUGUUGCACCAUCUGACUAUCUACCGUGAAACUAUACGCUGCGCGGUACCUUGCAAUGAGAUAACUGCUAAUAUGGAUGAUCUUGAUACAAGAAAGUGGUCCUUGUCGACAGGCCGCUCAAUAAAAUGCCUUGCACUUGAUCUCUCCAUGCGGAUUGAUUCCAAUCCAGUGCUCACCGAUGGCCUAGAUGGUGUCUCCCGUCUUUUGCAAAAUAUGCCAAACCUGGGUUCAUUGGUUCUCAGCCUACGUCGUACCGUUAGAGGAAACGUCAGUUCUUACCACCGACUUUUUGAUACGAUCGCUGGGACAGUUCGUCUCCCUCUGCUCAAUAACCUAACGCUUCUUGGCAUGUAUACAACUUCAAGUGCGUUGCUUCAAUUCUUGGAGAAUCACCGAGGUGUUGAGGAGCUGCACUUAGAGAAGGUAGAUCUAACCUCUGGAUCAUGGAGGCCACUUUUGCAGCACUUUCAGGAAAUGCCAUCUUUGACACGACUCAUAUUAUCCCGGAUUGCAUUAGCAGGAGAAACUCUGAACUUACGGCCGGUUCCGGAUAACGCUGCUAGAAGCAGUCUAUGCGAUCCUGACUACUAUCGCUGUAUCCGGGGUGUCUUUGUCCACCGGCGUGAGUUUGAUGCGUUCGCCAUCCGGCACGGCUUCCACUUCAACCAAGAGUAUCAGGGCGCGCCGAGUAAUUCACCGGCAUUCACUGCUUUUCUGGUCUACGAUUAUGAAAUCUAUAAAAUACUAGCCUACGCCUUUGAUCUAGUCUAUACGAGCUUUUCUUCCAGCACCUUGCACUUGGGAGUAAUUGUCCAUCAUGGAGCGCCAUCAUGCAGCUGA